UACAGUGGGUGUGUCUUUACUCUGCAUUUAUGUGUUGGUCUUUCGUAAUCGACAUUCGUCUGUCAGCUGUCUCAACCUGUGGUUGAGACUCUCCACACAAAGGUACAAUGGUCUGCUGUGGUUUACUGACUGCCCAGAAGGAACCAGUUCCUCUGAAGAGCAUCGAGGUGGAGGUGGAGGUGAGGGACCAUGUGGCUACAGUAGUCUCCACUCUGAACUACGAGAACAAGGAGGACAAACCAAUCGAGGCUGUUUUUGUCUUUCCUCUGCCCGGAGAUGCAGCUGUCUGUCAUUUCAGUGCCAAAAUUGGACAGACACAGAUUGUAGCUGAAGUGAAGGAGAAACAGCAGGCUCGUGAGGAGUAUGAUGAUGCUCUGAGCUCUGGUCAGCAAGCCUUUUUAUUGGAGGAGAGUGAGCAGAGUCCAGAUAUAUUCACUCUGAGUGUGGGCAGUCUGCCUCCAGGAGAGAGCGCCUCCAUCAGGCUAGAGUAUGUCACUGAGCUGGCUGUGCAGGCCGAUGAUGGGCUGAGGUUUUGUCUGCCUGCUGUGCUCAACCCUCGCUAUCAGCCUCAGGAAAGCGGAGGCAGUGACGGUGCCAGUGUCCAGGUGACCUCUGUUCCAGCCUCUCUGGUGCCCUACAGUCUGUCUUUCUCUGCCCGAGUGUCCUCUCCUCGUCCAAUCUGUAAAGUAGAGUCCAGCUGUUCCCUGGACCCUCUGCAGUACCUGAACACAGAGCAGACCCAGGCCACUGUCAAGUUGGCUGAAGGACACAAGUUUGACAGAGAUGUUGAGCUGCUGAUUUAUUACAAAGAUGCUCACCAGCCCACUGCUGUGGUGGAGGCAGGACUGGCCUCUGCAGAACCUGGGACUCUGAUGGGCAAUCCAGUAGUGAUGCUAAGCCUGUAUCCUGAGUUCCCCCAGUCUUUGAUGUCUUCACUCGCCUCAUGUGGAGAGUUUGUGUUCCUGAUGGAUCGAUCUGGGAGUAUGGGUUCACGUAUAAGGAAUGAGGAUCCUCAGACUCGCAUUAGCAGUGCCAGGGAUACUCUACUGCUCCUGUUGAAGAGCUUACCAAUGGGCUGCUACUUCAACAUCUACAGCUUUGGUUCCAGCUAUGAACACAUCUUCCCCAACAGCGUGGAGUACAGUGAGUCGACCAUGGCCGAGGCUCUGAAGAAAGUGGAGGCAAUGGAGGCUAAUUUGGGAGGAACAGAGAUCUUGAAGCCACUCAAACACAUUUACAGCCAACCCUGCAUUCCCAGUCAACCAAGACAAGUUUUUGUUUUUACUGAUGGAGAGGUAUCCAACACCAAAGCAGUAAUAGAUCUGGUGAAGCAGAAUUCAGGCUCCCACAGGUGUUUCGCUUUUGGGAUUGGGGAGGGAGCCAGCUCUGCUCUUAUCAAUGGGUUGGCCAAGGAAGGAGGAGGUCACGCUCAGUUCAUCACAGGGACUGACAGGAUGCAACCUAAAGUGAUGCAGUCCCUGCGAUUCGCUCUGCAGCCAGCAGUGGUGGACAUCUCAGCCACAUGGGAUUUACCAAAGGGAGUGUCUGUCACUGUACUCUCUCCACCACUCACAGCACUUUUCCAGGGUCAGAGGUCACUGAUUUAUGCUCAGCUCACUGGAGAGAGCUCAGAAGCAGCAGAGGGCAGUGUAACGUUGAAGUACUGUCUGGCAGGUCAUCCUUCUCAGAACCAGCUGCCCUUCAGUCUCAAACCUGCCGAAGACACAGGGUUAACAGUGCACAGGUUGGGGGCUCGGAGUCUGAUUCGGUCCCUGGAGAUGAAGGAGAGAGAAAACACAGAAAAGCAAGAUGGAGGCGUGAAGGGGAAGGUAGUGGAGCUCAGUGUCCAGUCAGGAGUGAGCAGCUCCUUCACUGCCUUCAUUGUUGUCAACAAAGACAAUGGUGAGCCGAUUGAAGGACCUUUGAUUCGCAGAAAUAUCCCAGCACCUGGUAGGCAUCGGUAUAUGAUGCGCUGCUGUGCACCUAUGAUGGACAGUGUGACAGCAUGUGGCUUUGCUCCACAAGGUUUACCUGAAGUCCUUUCAUGGAACAGUGGACACUCUGCUCUCUCUGCAGGUGCUAAAAGCAGAAAAAAAGGGAACAUGUUUGGUGCCAUGCCCAAACUAAAGAGCCAAUGCAACUCUAAGCAAUCGAGCAGCAAUGACAAAACUGAGGCCAAGAUUUCCAAAGACCCGUUGCUUCAGCUGGUUUCCCUCCAGAAGGCCUCUGGCUGCUGGCUGCUUGAUCCAGCUCUGGCUGCUGCACUGGGAAAAACCAGCAAGGAGGUGGAGCGGACAAAGCCUUCAUCCGUAAACCAGGAAGUGUGGGCUACACUGCUGGCCCUGAUUUGGCUUAAUGGCUUCAAGAUGGAUGCUAAGGAAGAGUGGGAGCUUCUGGGUCUGAAGGCUUUGUCAUGGCUCCGUGCUCAGAAUGCAUCAUGUGUGGCAGAGUGUAUGGAGGCUGGAAACACACUGUUGGGCUGCAGUGUGCAGAAGGAUGUCUUGGGCCUCUGAGGUGUUCUCACAGAAAACAUCUCAGUUAAGAGCCAGUGUCUAAUCUCAAACUGGCUCUCUACUAUAUAAAAAAAAGGUUCCAAUCCUGUGCCAACUGCAUUGUCGUCAUUGCAUGAUAGUUUAUCACCAUUAAUUCUCCUAUUUUUUUCUAUUUUCAUUUGGUUAAAAAUUAUGGCUUCACUAUAGUAAAAACUGAUUUUUUCUCUUGA